UUCUUCUUAUAAACGAAUGAUUAAUCUUCAAUUGGUAGAACAAACAAUAGAUGAUUCAAAUUUAGUUCUUCGAAUUAUUAAUACUCGGUGGCUUUCAUUAAGCAAUGUUGUAACUAAUUUACAUCGAAUUUUAAAUUCUGUGAAAAUAGUAUUAAAAGAAGAUUCUUCAAAAAAUAUUGUUGUACAAGGACUUUAUAAUGCAAUGGAUCAAACCUUUUAUCUAGCUACUAAGCUUCUUGCUGAUAUUCUUUAUAAUUUGCGAAGUUUAACGAAUCUUUUUCAAGCAGAUUAUAUUACUAUUUCUGAGAUUUAUACACAUUUAAAUGCAACUAUUGAUAUAAUUACUACUCAAUAUAUUGGUCAUAAUGGAAUUCCACCAAACUAUAGAAACUUUUUAAGAGAAUAUAUUGAUAAACAAAAUAUAUUAAUUAAAGAUCUUCCUGAUUUUAUUUUACAAUUUGCGUUUGCAACUAUUGAAUCUCUUCAAGAUCGCUUUCCUGAUUCUGAAAUAUUAAAUUCAUUAAGAAUUUUUGAUCCACAAGAAUUACUACUGCAAUAUAACCAAAUUCAUUCUUAUG